UUUAUUAUAUUUUCUCUUAUGUUUGUUUCCUACGUCCUAGGUGCUACUUUACCAAAUGACAAUAUUACACCAAAAUAUUUUGAUGGGAUUAUAAGGAAUGGCAUUGCCGAGGAAAUAGUGGAUACCGGGAGUACUGCUUUCUCCGGACAACAGGAAACGGGAACAGCCACCGGCGUCUCUACAGCAGAUGGAAUUCCGGCACAAUUGCAUGAUGUCGUGGACUUUGGGGAUUCCGCCCCACUGACGGCAGUGAAAGAAAAACGGUGUCCGAGAGUUGGUGCACCAAUAUUGCAACUAGCUAAACGGGAUAUAGAUAAAUCAAGAUUAUUCGAUAUGAGAAUGACUCAGGUGGGUACAUGCAUGUCCUGA